AUGUCUGCAAAUCUAUCACAAAAUUAUCUCUAUCAAGUUCUUCUACUACUACUGAUAGAAGCAAUUUUGUGUUGGCUAUGGAUGAGAAAAGGGAACAAGUUAGUGGUAGCACCUUUGCCACCCGGUCCAAGAGGCCUCCCAAUUGUGGGUUACCUCCCAUUUCUUGGCAAAAACUUGCAUCACGAAUUCUCAAAACUGGCCGAAGAAUAUGGCCCCAUCUACAAACUCUGGCUCGGGAGCAAACUCUGUAUUGUGGUUAGCUCACCAUCUCUGGCUAAACAAGUUUGCCGCGACUUAGAUGUGGUCUUCUCCAACCGGGACCCAACAAUCGCGGCUUUGACACUCACCCACAAUGCUAUGGACAUUACUUGGUCCUCCUCAGGCCCUUAUUGGAGAAACAUUCGCAAACUAUUUUUUCGAGAGGGUAUGCAGAUCUCCGAUUCUAAGGAUUUGAAGGUCGUCGAGGUAGAUGUUCAUUUCAGAUCUGAUAAACAUUUCGAGAGGGAUUGGCUACGGAAAGAUCUGAACGUGAUUGGGUUUGGGUUGAUCGGAUGGUUAGCACCUUCCAGUUUUCUGGCGAUCAACGGACUCUUUCCAGCAUUGGGACUGAGCAAUUAA